GCAGAGCAGCAGCUGCAGAAGAAAGGAAAAGGACAACCAGGAGAAAUGUUGGAGAAAGCAGCGGAGCAGCUGAUGAGCUGUUUCAGAAUCUGCGCCAGCGACAAGUAUCUGCUGUUGAAGACCCACCAGAUGCCUCUGGACGCCUUCCUGGUGUCUCUGAAGAUGAUGCAGGUGGAGGACGUGGACAUCGACGAGGUGCAGUGCAUCUUGGCCAAUCUCAUCUACAUGGGUCACAUUAAAGGUUACAUCUCCCAUCAGCACCAGAAGCUCGUGGUCAGUAAACAAAACCCAUUCCCUCCUCUGUCCUCUGUCUCAUAGACUAUAUUACCCACAAUCCCUAUGGGCUAACAGGCCUUCAUGGAACCAUUUUCUUUCCAGUUCUUUUUUAAUUGUAAAAAUCUUGUGAAAUAAAGCAUUUUGUGUUUUUUAAA